CGGAAUAGGUUAUAUUUAUUUCGUUUGCCCCACUGCACAGGCCAACCAAACAGAAGCAUGGCGCUGCGUGGCUAUAUAAGGGAGGGUCUGAACGUGGCCGCAAUUAUGGGAGCCGGCGACUCAAUUGCCCAGCUGUUCAUUGAGAAGAAAUCGCUCGAGCAAUGGGAUACUGGACGAACGGCCCGGUUCAGUGCCCUCGGUCUGUUGUUUGUUGGCCCGAUUUUACGUAAAUGGUACCUGACGCUGGAGACGCUGGUGAGCAAGGACCAACCAUCGUUGACGCGCGGAAUCAAGAAGAUGGUCAUUGACCAAACCGUGUUUGCGCCGACUUUCACAUUGGCCAUGUCGUUCAUGGUGCCCUUCGUCAACGGCGAGGAUACGGAGAAGAUCAAGACCCGCAUUCGGAAUAGCUAUUUCUCGAUUAUGUUAAAGAAUUACAUGCUAUGGCCGGCGGCCCAGUUCGUCAACUUCACGUUCGUCCCACUGCCGUACCAAGUGAUGUAUGCACAGUUCAUUGCCAUUAUCUGGAACUGUUACAUUUCUCUCAUACUCAACAAAUAAAAAACUAAGUUAGCCAGCAGAUUCUGCGAAUG